AAUAGUUUAAAAAAAAUGAAUAAAUUAGUUUUGUCACUCUUGGUGGCCAUUACCUUGAGUUUAAGUUUAUCCACCAGCCAGGCUGCCCGUACCGUGGACAGCCAUUUGACUGCACAAGAUUUACAACGUUUCCAGUCUGUCUUUGUAUCAGCUUUAACGUCCAAUGAUUUGCAAUCAAUUUACUAUGCUAGCUUGAACAUUGAGCCCACCAGUGCAGAUGAGAAAAAGCAAUUAUGUCAGAAACUCAAUAAAUUACAUGAGGAAUCGAAAUUAAAUGAUUUUGAAAAAGACUUUUAUUUAGUGGGUGCCAGCAAGAUUCUGAAAUGUUCCGAAAAAUUACCCGAAAAAGAGUUGUCCAAGAUAUAUGCUGCUUUCAGGACGCCCGCUGCAUCUGCUCAAGAAAUCUUUUACCGUGUGGCCACACACAAAUAUCUAGGUGUACAAAUAGAGGAGGCUACCGUAGCAAAAAUUGUCAAAAACUUGCAAGAAGUUUUGAAGAAGGAUGAUACUCUCUCCAAUUUGGGUUAUGCCUUUAGUGUGUCCACAGAAUUGGGCUCCUCUGCAGCCUUUGUCGCUGAUCGCAUUGAGGAUGCCAUAGUACAAGCUGAUGAAGUCGAUGGAAAGCUAUUACAAUUCGAGGGUGGAUUAAGUAUUACAGCUUUAAUUAUUAAUGGCGCCUUUAAAGCAGCCAAAACCUUCGACAAAACUUUACCCAUAAGUGCUGAACAAUCCGUCAAAUUGGCCAGUUAUUUCCUUUCCAGACGUUCGGUACAAACUGCUAAAGGUGCUCAUGUACUCAUUGAAGCUCUGAAAACUUUAUCCUCAUCAUCGUCUAAAAUUGCUCCCAUUUGCGUGCAAUUGAUCGGCAAUGGUCAAUUGAUUGCUGAUUCUCCUCGUCUCACAGUAGCCGUAGUUGAUCUCCUGGGCAAACCUCUUUCUAACGCACCUCAAAAUGUAUUCGCCAAGAUGUCUUUGAAGAAAGACAACUCUGUGUUAGCUGAAAAAGUCUCUUUCACCUCGAAAUCGUCUGAUAAAACCACUUAUGAAGUUGAUCUUUCAUCAUACAAGCCUGCCCGUGCUCUAUAUGUCGCUGAUGUGUCGGUUGACUCUUCAUACACACAAAAAUUGAAUUUCAAAGUUUUGGGUAAAGCAAAGGUACAACAAUUGGAAAUUGGCGUUGGUGAAUUGGAUGCCAGUUCUGCCGUGAAAAAACAAAAUGUAGCCUACCCCAAUAAAUUGAAGGAACAACUGUCGGCCGAUAAUACUCAAAAGGUUAUAUUGAAGACAACUUUAGUGGAAGAAAGUCAAGCUAAUAAGGCCAUUACUGUUCAUCAAGCCUUUGUACGCUUCUAUAACAAGGAAAACGACGAAGAAAUCAUUUAUGUUGCCGAGCAAGACAGUAACAAGGCCUACAAAUUCGAUAUGGAUGUUGGCGCUAGAGCUGGCGAUUUCAAGCACAAAAGUGGUCUUUAUGAAAUGUAUUUAAUUGUGGGCGAUUCAUCUAUUUCUAACUCGUUCCAAUGGUUGGUAGCCGAAAUUGAAAUCAAAUUUUCCGCCAAUACUCAUGUAGGAGAUGCCAAAAAGCAACCCAUACGCUCUCCCCUACCGGAAAUCCAUCAUCAAUUCCGUGUACCCGAUAAGCGUCCCUCUCGCAUAGUUUCGGAUGUUUUCACCGGUCUGUGUUUGACCCCCUUGGUUUUGUUGUUGGUUUUCUGGUCGAAAUUGGGCAUCAACAUUGGCAAUUUUACUUUCCAUCCCAGUACCAUUGGUUUCCAUAUUGGCUUCGGUGGUAUUUUAGUGCUGUUCACCGUAUUUUGGUUGAAACUGAACAUGUUCCAAACAUUGCGUCUGCUUAUACCAAUUGCCAUCUUUACAUUCCUUUCCGGCAAUCGUUUAUUAAGACGUCUCUACGCCCAGCGUAUUGCUAAGAAUCCAUCGUCAGCAUCAACAUCUGGUGCGGUAGCAACAUCAUAAAUUUAUGCAUUUCUUUAUUUUUCUUAAUGUGACUAAAUUUAAGUUAAUAACAAGAGCAAAAGAAACAAGAAAGGAAAUUGAUACAAUUAUUUCUAAAUGUAUGCAAGAUUAUUCGUUCGGGAGACACUAUGUGUAAUGGAAAUUAAACAUUUUAUUAUGAUUCGUUGUAACACAAUUAAAAAUAGUAUAUGUUUUUAGUCUUAAAAUUUUGUACGUGUUUUUUGCUAAACACACCUCCCUACUCUAAACUACAUUUAAUUACUCUUUUCUGCUUAUUUUGUUUACGUGUGUAAAACAAACAACAAAAUAAAUUUAUUUAGAAAA